AUGAUUGAUCUAGCUACUGUGGUUUUGAAGAGGAAUUUCCUCAGCAACAAGAAGAGUGGAAAUGUUGCUGAGGGGUCAUCUAACGAAACUGUUGUUGCGAAUGGUACAGCCAUCGGGAUGGAAAUGGAGCCGGAUAUUGUAUUGAAGAAUCUACGGCAGGCAGAAGAAGAUACCAAUGAAGAUCUGGGAUUGGCAUCCACUGGUUUUCAGAAAGAAGCCCAUGUUAGUAAUGCAGAGUUUUUCGAUUUAAAUAAGAAGCCGGGAGCUGAGAUAACUGAACAAACUCACGAGAGUCAAAAGAGUCUUAUUGAGGUGGAUACUGACGAUUCCCUCAUUUUGGAUAAUGAUCGUGAAUUUCCUGAUGGUGGAUUAAGAGCAUGGUCCGUUGUAUUCGGUUCUUUUAUGGGUUUGAUCCCUGUCUUUGGUGUUAUCAAUUCUCUUGGUGCCAUCGAGUCAUAUAUUUCGACACAUCAAUUGAUGAAUGUCUCAUCAUCGACUGUCUCAUGGAUCUUUUCGAUAUACUUGACGAUUAGUUUUGUUAGCUGCAUAUUUGCGGGUGGCUAUUUUGACAGAAACGGCAGUACCCAUCUCAUGAUCUUGGGGACCCUUUUCUAUGUGGGUGGGAUUUUUGGACUUGCUGACUGUAAGGAUAUUUAUCAGUUUAUUUUAUCUUUCUCCGUACUUUCUGGAACGGGUACUGGUAUUCUUAUGACACCUUUGGUUAGCGCAGUUGCAAGUUGGUUCUUAAGAAGGAGAGCAACAGCGACCAGCAUCGCUACGACCGGUGGCUCCGUUGGCGGUAUCAUAUUCCCAAUCAUGCUGCGUAAACUUUAUGUCGAGAUUGGAUUUAAAUGGGCUAUCAGAGUCUUAGGUUUCAUUUGUCUAUCUUGUUUAGUUUGCUCGAUUGCGUUGACAAGGGAAAAAUCGAAACCAAUGGUGGAACCAUUCAAGUCUAAGACAGAAUUGAUCAAAUGGUACCUUUCAUCCUCAUUCAAGCUAAGUUAUUUUACAGAAAUGAAAUUCGUGUUCACUACUCUAGGUGCCUCAUUUGCUGAGAGUUCAUUAACUACAGCGGCUACAUAUUUAUCAUCCUACGCAAUCGCAAGAGGAAACUCGGAGAAUGUUGCGUAUUUAAUGCUUACUGCAUACAACGCAUCAGGUAUACUGGGUAGAUAUGUACCAGGAUACAUUGCUGACAAGUUUUUAGGGAGAUUCAAUGUUAUGAUUAUCACUAUUUCCAUGAGUGCACUUUUAUGUCUGGUAAUAUGGCUGCCUUUUGGUGGAUCAACUGGAGCCUUAUGGGCCUUCGCAUGCACAUACGGUUUCUUCACUGGUUCCAUCCUGUCGUUAACUCCGGUAUGCAUUGGCCAGAUAUCAAAGACAGCCGAUUUCGGAAAGAGGUACGCCACUGCAUACUUUGUAGAGGCACUAUUUAACAUCCCUAUGCUGCCAAUUGGUGGUGCUAUUAUUGGCGACAGAUCUGUGACGCAUUACAACCAUUUCAUCAUAUACGUGGCCCUACUAAUGGCUGCUGGCGCUUUCUGCUACGCUGUGUCAAGAUAUUUAUGUGUAGGUAUCCGCAUCAAGAAGUUUUAG